CACUGAGGAUAUCAGUAAGAUAGUACCAGUUUAUCCCAGUUAUCUCCUUGCAGAAGCAGCUGCCCGUUAUUUUUUAAUUACAUAGCCAUGUGUAAACACAAGUAGUGUAGACAAGACCAAAUACUACAGUUAAAAUAAGUGAUAUUAGGCAGCUAUAGUUUCAAACUGAAACAGAGUGACCAUUUGUUAGGGAAAGACUAUGAUGUAACACUCCAAGAAUAGAUCAGAGGGACUUGCAUUCCCAAAGAUGUUAUUCAUCUGGAGAAUUUUGUCAAACCACUGGAACUACUGACAUGCCUCGUCAGUUCCCAAAGCUGACUCUGAGCGAGGCAGAGGAGGAGACGCAGCUUCUGGCGGAGAAAGUAUAUGCAACAGCGCUGAAAGAAGAAGACAGCAAGGAUGCCUUAUCAAUGUUCACCAUACCUGACGACUGCCCAAUCGGCCUCAAGCAAGCCAAGGAACAUGAACUGCUUAAAGAGCUCGCUGAACAACAGUCAGAGGAGAGUGCCAAGAGGAAGAAAAGCUUGAAGAUGAUUCGUUCCCAGUCAAUGUCCCUGCAGAUCCCAUUGAAUACAGACUGGACACGGUCACUGGCAGCAACACCCUUCAUGUCCCCCAGCUCCACCUGCUCAUCUUUGCCAGAAAACUGCCCAGAUUACCAGAGGGUUACUAUUAGUGGUGAUUAUUGUGCUGGAAUCACUUUGGAAGACUAUGAGCAAGCUGCCAAAGGUCUGUUUAAGGCUCUGAUUAUUCGCGAGAAGUAUUCAAAGCUAGCCUAUCACAGAUUCUGUAGAACCACAAGUAAGUUCCUCCGCAGUGCUGAGAACAUGAGAUGGAGCGAGGAAGAUGAGGCUCUGCCAGACAUGUACCCAUGUCCAGUAGAUGGAGAGGAUCCCUACAGCAUGAACAACAUCCCAGAGAAUCUGAACUAUGAACUGAAGAUGAAAGAUGGGAUAGUGAAUGUUUAUGACAACACAGAGGCUCUAAGAAUGAUCCAGCCCCACAACCUUCCUUACCCGGACUUAGAGACCUUCGCCAUAGACCUCAGUCAUGUGCUCGCACUGAUUGCAGAUGGACCCACGAAGACUUACUGCCACAGAAGACUUAAUUUCUUGAGUUCAAAGUUUUACCUCCACGAGAUGCUGAAUGAGAUGGCUGAGCUAAAGGAACUGAAAUGUGUACCUCACAGAGAUUUCUACAAUGUUAGGAAGGUGGACACACAUAUUCACGCAGCUGCAUGCAUGUCUCAGAAACACCUGCUGACCUUCAUCCAGAAAACAUACAAGACAGACGCACACCGUGUCGUUUUGGAAAAGAGUGGACAAAAGAUGACCCUACAGGAGGUUUUUCACAGCCUCGACAUGGACCCCUAUGACCUCACUGUGGACUCUCUGGACGUACACGCUGGAAGACAAACCUUCCACCGCUUUGAUAAGUUCAAUUCAAAGUACAACCCAGUGGGAGCCAGUGAGCUUCGAGAAAUCUUCCUGAAAACAGACAACCUGAUCAAUGGAGAGUAUUUCGCUCAGAUCGUAAAGGAGGUGGCCCAUGACCUGGAGGAGAGUAAAUAUCAGCAUGCAGAGCCCCGCCUGUCCAUCUACGGACGCUCUCCUGACGAGUGGCACAGUCUGUCUAAGUGGUUUAUUCAACACAAAGUACACUCUCCAAACAUGAGGUGGAUGAUUCAGGUGCCCAGAAUAUAUGACAUUUUCAAGUCAAAGAAGCUGGUACCUAAUUUUGCCAAGAUGCUGGAGAACAUCUUCCUCCCUCUGUUCGAGGCCACUGUUAACCCACAGAAGCACAAAGAGCUUCAUGUUUUCCUCAAAUAUGUGUCAGGGUUUGACAGCGUAGACGAUGAAUCCAAACACAGCGACCACAUGUUCUCCUUCAGGAGCCCCAAGCCGGAACAGUGGACUGUAAAAGAGAACCCUCCAUACAGCUACUACAUCUUCCACAUGUACGCAAACAUCAUGGUCCUCAACAACCUCAGAAAAGAGCACGGGUUGAGCACCUUUCAGUUCCGUCCCCACUGUGGAGAAGCUGGAUCCAUCACUCAUCUGGUUUCUGCUUUUCUCACCGCUGACAACAUCUCACAUGGACUCAACCUGAAGAAGAGCCCUGUGCUGCAGUACCUGUACUACCUUGCCCAAGUGCCAAUUGCAAUGUCUCCACUGAGCAACAACAGUCUAUUCCUGGAAUACUCCAAAAAUCCUCUCAGAGAGUUCCUGCACAAAGGUCUGUGUGUGUCCCUGUCCACAGAUGACCCCAUGCAGUUCCACUACACCAAGGAACCGUUGAUGGAGGAGUAUGCUAUAGCAGCCCAGCUGUGGAAGCUCAGUACCUGUGAUGUGUGUGAAAUAGCCAGGAACAGUGUUCUGCAAAGUGGAUUGUCUCACCAGGAAAAGAAGCACUUCUUAGGAGUGAACUACCUGAAAGAUGGACCUGAAGGCAACGAUAUCCGUCGGACCAACGUCGCCCAGAUCCGCAUGGCCUACAGACACGAGACGCUGUGCAACGAACUGAGCUUCAUAGUGGACGCAGUGAAGUCUGAAGCUAUGGACUCCCUCUGUGAAUGAACAGGAUCUCACUGUAAACAUAGUCCAAGCAUGCAGCACUCUUACAUAUCACCGUUUGUUUAUUUUUAAAAGUGACUGCAAUGAUCAAAUAGAAUAUAUUACCACUUAAAAAGCAAUACUUGGCUAGAUAGAAGCAGGUGAUGAUGAGUUUGGUAGAAAAAAAAACAAAAAAAGUCAUACCUUGGAUGAAAGGAUGACUGAUGGCACUUUUCAAAGGUUUAGACAAAAGCUGUGUUGGGCCAAACUUGCGAAGUAGAAUCACAUAUUUGCCAUUAAACAAACCCCCUCCGUAUAAAUAUUUGGACCUAGCACUCUAUUUUCUGAUGGGGUCUGUCACAGAAACAGUUUGAAACUUGAAACUUUUCCUUUACUGUAUACAAAGCAUCAGACCAUUACAGUUGAGAGAUCUUUACACAGACAGGUGGGAUAACAGAGAUGAGUAAUGUCCAGGACGUUUCCUGUGCCUCUUCUUUAAAUAGCUUGUUUUCAAGAGUUUCAGAGGAUUUUUCUAAAGAUGUUGAUACACUGAAAGAUAUGGAAGAUACUGAAGUUUUGAAUAAUAUUGCCUUUUUUAUUUUUUUUUUGUAGAAACAUUGCUUUCACACGCAUGUUGGUUAUCUGAAGAACAAAUAGUAUAAAAGGUUACACCACUCUGCCACAACAUUAAAACUAAUAACAAGGA